AUGGUGUUUCAUGAGACAACAUUUCCUGGUUAUGUCACUGUUGCCACUUCAACGCCACCUCAUUCGGCUUUUCAACCUUUGUCUAUUCCAUCUGCAAUGCUUCAGCUUUCUAAUGCUCUUGGAUCUGGGCUUACCUCUUCAUCUGCACCGGCCAUGCCACCAUCAUCUACCAUUGCAGAUCAAUCUUCUGGUUCAAUUCCAUCUGACUCCACUAGUCUUCCUCAAUCCCCAUCAACUAGUACUCAUUCUUCUUCCAUUAGGGAUUCCCAAUCAUCUCCCUUGACGUCUACAGAUUUUGUGCCUCCUUGUUCUGCAACACCACUAACACCAAUCUGUCAUAGGUAUCAUAGUCUCUAUGAUAUUAUGGCCUCCUCACCUCAUGUGCUUCUGCAUGCUCUUACUGAAGAGACAUUGGAUCCUAUGCUGCAUGAACCGACAUCCUUCAAGCAAGCACAAUAUGUCUCUCAUUGGCAUCAGGCAAUAUGUGAAAAGUGUAAUGCCCUUUUGCGGAAUAAUACUUGGGUUCUUGUUCUACCUAGUCCUCAUCAAAAUCUUGUUGGUUGUUGUUGGGUGUACAAAGUUAGACGUCAAGUGGAUGGGUUUGUUGAACAAUACAAGGCCCGUCUAGUUGCAAAGGGUUUUCAUCAGCAGCCUGGUGUGGAUUUUGGUGAUACCUUUAGUCCCAUUGUUAAGCCUAUCACUAUUCACACUAUUCUUGCUCUUGCCACAAUGCAUGGCUCUAUUGGUUUCUUUCUUGGCAUGGAAGUUGUUCAGGAUAAUAUUGUUCUGUGUUUGUCUCAGCAACAUUAUGUGGUGGACUUACUUAGACGCUUCCAACUUGAUUCUUGUGCUCCAUGUGCUACGCCCUUUAGCUCCUCCAAAGCAUCACAAUCCUCAAAUGAUGACCUUUUUCCUGAUGUGACCCUUUAUCGCAGUAUGAUUGGUGGUCUCCAAUAUCUCACACUCACCAGGUCAGACACUGCCUUUGCUGUUAAUCAGGUUGCUCAAAGACUGUCUGCUCCCACUCAACAUGAUAUGUGUUCUAUCAAGCGGAUUUUCCUAUAUCUUAAGGGCACACUAUUUCAUGGUCUCACUUUUCAUCAUGUUCAUCUUCUUGCCUAUUCUGAUGUUGACUGGGUUGCUGAUGUAAUUACUCGUCGUUCUAUCUCUAGUGGUUGUGUUUUUCUUGGUCGUAAUCUGAUAUCUUGGACUGCUAAGAAGCAAUAUGAUGUGUCUCGCUCCAGUGCUGAAUCUGAGUAUCGUGCUCUUGCCUAUGUUAUUGCUGAUAUUCGAUGGUUUUGUUAUUUAUUACGUGAGCUUGGCAUUCCCUUGUAUUCUUCCUCUAUGACAAUCAAUCAGCUCUACACAUGGCAGCUAAUUUUGUCUUUCAUGCUCGCACUCGGCAUAUCGAUAUCAACCUACACUUCAUUCGUGAGUUAG